AUGUUGAGUUUAUAUUCCUCAGCUGAUUCAGUACUGAAAAAUUAUAUUGAGCCUCUUUCCUCAACUGUAGUUGAACCACAUGUUCCUAAACGUGGUAAAGGCAGGCCUCCCAAAGAAAAAAACACUCUUGCUGGUUCUAGAAACAGAUUUGAGCUUCUCAACUCAAUUGAUGAAGCUCCCCCUAGUCAAGAUGCCCCCCAAAGAAAAAUCAGAAUUGCUUCCAAGGGUGUUGAUGAACUGAAGAAAAACUUUGAGCUUUCUAUUAUCCAAAUUUCAGACCAAAUCAUUACUGUCAAGGGAAAUCACAAUGGUCUUUCUUUUGUCCUUUCUGCUAUCUAUGGUAGCAAUGAUUAUGUUAAUAGGAGAAAUCUUUGGCUUAAUCUUCAUGACUUGGAUAGAGGCUUUGGUUACCUCCCUUGGAUUUUGGGAGGUGAUUUCAACAUCACUCUGCAUCCUAAUGAAAGCUCAGACUAUGAGUUGCUCUGCCCUUUCUCUUUUCCUGAUAUGAAAGAAUUUCAAUCUGUUACUCAAGACCAUGACCUCCAUGACCAUCCCUUCUUUGGCCCUCUCUUUACUUGGAGCAACAAACAAACUGACUCUUACCUUGCAAGAAAACUUGACAGAAUCCUUAUUAACUCCAAUUGGGCUAACUCAUUUCCAUCUUCUUUUGUGGAAUUCCUCUCUCCGGGAGUCUCGGAUCACUGCAUGGGUAUUAUCUGGCUUACUAAAGACACUCCUUCUGAUAGGCCUAAACCGUUUAAGUUCUUUAACUUCUGGACCCUGCACCCCAAUUUUUUGAAAGUGAUUGAACAAUCCUGGCAGAUCACUUUCCAAGGAUUAGACACCAUUGAUAAGGAACUUCAAGUUCAACAAGAACUGCACAAUUUUGAAGAAGUCGAACUUCUUUUUUUGAAGAAAAAGGCCAAGAUCCAUUGGAUUAAAGAUGGAGAUAAAUGCUCCAAUUUUUUCCAUUAUGUUGUUGCUGUAAAGAAUAAAAAAGAUACUAUCCGGAUGCUCACUGAUGACCAAGGUACUAGACUUGAGACAUUUGAUGCAAUGUCCUCAGAAGUAAUUGAUUUCUUUUCCAACUUGAUUGGGAAAGUUGAUCCUAUGGUUAAAGGAGGAAAUUUGCAAUUCUUGAAAGAGCUUCUGAACUACUCCAUUUCUACAGAAACUGAUUCCUCUCUGACCAAGCCAGUAACCUCAGAAGAGAUUAAAGAAGCCGUUUUUGACCAGGUGACCAAGCCAGUAACCUCAGAAGAGAUUAAAGAAGCCGUUUUUGACCAGGGCAACAACAAAGCUCCUGGUCCUGACGGCUACUCCCCACAGUUUUUCAAACAUUCUUGGCCUAUUAUUGGUGAAGAUGUGGUGGCAGCUAUUAAACAUUUUUUCCACCAUUCCACCAUGCUCCAUGCCUUCAAUGCUACCACUAUAAUCUUGGUGCCUAAAAUUCAUAAUCCCAGUAAAGUCAAAGAUUUCAGACCAAUAUCUUGUUGUUCUGUUAUUUAUAAGGUUGUCUCAAAGAUAUUGGUCAAAAGACUUUCUGGUCUUCUUCUUGAUAUUAUCUCUCUCAACCAAACCGUUUUUAUUAAAGGAAUAAGCAUUGUUGAAAAUACAAUCCUUGCACAAGAGCUGGUUAAAGGCUACAACAAGAAAAACAUCUCUCCAAGAUGUUCUUUGAAGAUUGAUCUUCAAAAGGCUUUUGAUAUUCUGCACUGGGGCUUCAUCUCUUCGGUCCUUAGAGCUUUAAAUCUCCCUCAACAAUUUAUCUUUUGGAUUGAAGCCUGCUUCACUGAUGCCAGAUUCUCCAUUGCCUUCAAUGGAAGUUUAAUAUGGUAUUUCAAGGGCGCUAGAGGCAUUAGACAAGGUGAUCCUCUUUCCCCUCUGCUCUUUGUUAUUUCAAUGAAUGUUCUCUCUAGAUUACUUAAUCUUGCUGCUGCAAAGAACCUGAUUAGCUUCCAUCCUAAAUACAAAAGAAUAGGUCUCACUCAUUUAUCCUUUGCUGAUGACUUGAUGAUUUUUUGUAAAGGCAAUGUUGAUUCGAUUAUUGGAGUUAUUUCUGUUCUUGAACAAUUUUAUGAAAUGUCUGGCUUAAAUCUAAAUGCAUCAAAGUGUGUUUUCUUUAGUGCUGGAAUUUCAUCUAGAAACGUGGAGCUUAUCCAGCAGAUUACUGGUUUCCAACCUGGUACUUUACCACUACGCUGGAAGAUUGGAGCUUAUCAGAGCAGUGUUGUUCAGCCUAAUUAUUGGUGUAGGCAAUUUCUGCUUCCACAUUUGGUAAUCAACAAGAUUGAACAACUAUGUUGUCGUUUCUUCUGGAAAGGCAAUGAUAAAUCGGCCACUGGUGCGAGGGUUGCCUGGUUAAAGGCUUAUGUUCUUAAGGGUAAAGAGUUAUGGCAAAUGAAAGCUGGUCGUAGUCUGAGUUGGAGUUUUAGAAAAAUCCUUAAGCUUCGAACAGAAGCUCAUCCUAUUCUCCAGAAUGGAGCUCUCUCAGUAAGGCAAAUAUGGAAAGAAAUUAGAAUGAAGGAGGAUAAAGUCCCUUGGCACUCUUUAAUUUGGUUCCCUCAAAACAUCCCCAAGCUUAGUUUGAUUGCAUGGAUGGUUGUGAUUGAUAGGCUGCCUACAUGUGAUUGA